AUGAAGCAAAUGAUCCGUGAUAGAUCCACGGUGCUUCAGGCCUCCAAGGUUACGUAUGGCACGCGCAGGACCAGAGAGAAGGAUCGUGUCCUGGAAGAACGUCGAAAGCGACAAGAUACGGCCGGAAACAUCGAGAAGGAUCUGGAGCACCUCGUCUCUUCUCCCAGGUUGUACUAG